AUGGCGGACUCAUUAGUACUCCGCGGCACGAUUAGGGCCCACACCGAUUGGGUCACCGCCAUCGCCACUCCAAUCAACAACUCCGACAUGAUCGACACCUCUUCUCGUGACAAAUUACUGAAUCACAAAUACGACCCCUUAUUGGAGAUGAGAAGCUUCAAGGCUGUAAAGAUUAUGUCGUCGUCAUACCCGAAAACCCCCAGUUUGAUUGAUUAUAUUUGUGCUUCCCUCACCUUCAACAAGAUGCAGGAAACCACCGCUCACUGGCCAAACUUCAGGUCUCACCAUCGAUUUCUGGUCCAAGCCUACUAA